AUUUUAACAACCAAUCGCAAUGGCGUGUCCGUCCUACGUCAUCAAAAGUGGACGCUUGUUGCCCUUGACAGACAUGUGGGGGGAUGUACAGAGAGCGGGUCUGAAAAUUUAAUUCCAGCGCUCUGAUCUUCACCUUUUCCCCCCCAUCAGCAGGAUGCCGUUACACAAAUACCCGCCACGCCUGUGGGAAGCCAUGAAGUUAACGAAAGGGAUUUACGCUCGUCUGCCACAGCAUUACCUGAAAUCCCUCCAGGACACAUCACCCCCUACUCCGGUGCAUUGGAGACCCCUGGGUGUGAAAUACAGGGCAAACCCAAAAACAGGCCACAGAGAGAGGGUUCAGGAUGUACCCAUUCCUGUUUAUUACCCUCCUGAGUCACAGGACGGUCUGUGGGGUGGAGAGGGCUGGAUUUGUGGCUACAGAUACACCAAUAACGAUAAACUCUCUCCAAGAGUGAAGAAGACUUGGAAGCCUCAGCUCUUCAAGAAGGAGCUGUACAGCGAAAUCCUGGACCAAAAGUUCAACAUCACGGUCACGGCUCACACCCUGGAUCUCAUCGAUGCCGCUUAUGGCUUCGACUUCUACAUUCUAAAGACACCAAAGCAGGACUUAAACUCCAAAUUUGGCAUGGACCUGAAGCGUGCCAUGCUCUUGCGGUUAGCACGCAGAGACACUGAGCUCUACCCAGACGAUCCAUCUCGAAAGGAGAAGAUCUACAACAAAUACAAGCAGUUUGAGGUUCCUGCCGAGGAGGCGGAGUGGGUUGGUCUGAGUAUUGAGGAAGCGGUCGAGAAACAAAGACUCCUGGAACACAAGGAUCCUGAGCCGCUUUACAAGAGCUGCGUGGAGAACCUGGUGAAGGAACUGGCCCUGCAGAAACUCUCUGAACCUCAGGUUGUGGAAAAGAAAGACUGAUUCACAGUCAGUGAAAUGAGAGUAAAUGAAAAUAAAUGUAUUUAUUUGGGGUUCUGUUUGCACGGCCUUUUUCCUUUUCUACUGAUGGCACAUGCCAGUUUUCUGUAAAUAUCCAACUUUUAGUCAAACAAUAAAGAAAUUCGUCAUCUAA